CAUUGCGUCAGUGUACUUCUUGUGAGACGCAUUUUGCAGAGCGGAGCACAGCGUUGUAAAUGUGCGUUGACUGUCUCGAACGAGCCCUCUUCAGUGAUUGAUUGACAGGGGACGGGCAGCUGUGUGGAGGUCGACGACCCCGGGCGCGCGGCUGGUUUGUUUUUUUAGCAAAAUGUUGUUGAUGAGAAAGAAGAAAAAAAAAAGUCCCCACCGGCGCUAACCUCAAUAAACAACACACUUCCCGUGUGAAAGUCAGCGGGAAACAACACGUCCCGUGCGAAAUGUAUCACCUGGUCAUUUAGCGUGGAGUUCAGGGGAGCCGAAUCAGCAUAACAAAAAGAAGCUGCCCAUUCUGUAAAAAGAGAGGACUGGGGGAUGAAGAUGACAUCAGCUCUGCACAGACUCACAAGAGCUCUGCUUCUGCUGUGCUGCAUUCAAGCCUCCAGGGGGCAGCAGGCAUUCCGGAUACAGCCCGACAACGUGACGCUCGUGGAAGGGGGGAAGGGGGUGCUGCAGUGCCACGUGGAGGGGGUCACGGGUGCAGUCCAGUGGGUUAAAGAUGGACUGCUGCUGGGUCCCAAUCGAAGCAUGCCAGGGUUCCCUCGGUACAGCAUGGCUGGAGACGAGGGGAAAGGGGAAUUCAACCUGCAGAUAGAACGGGUGACUCUGGAGGAUGACUCCCCCUACGAGUGCCAAGUGGGACAGUCCGAGAGCAGCAUUGGAAUCAUCUCCCAUACUGUGUGGGUCACUGUGCUGAUCCCUCCAGGCAAGCCUGUGAUUGAGGAGCACAGAGGGGUUUCUGAAGUGGAGUGGGUGGCAGGUGUGGAGUACACCGUCUCCUGCAGUGUGACAGACACCAAGCCAGCCUCUGAGCUCAAAUUCACCAAGAGUUCAAAUGAGCUGUCUGGAGUCGAGGUAAAUGUCCUCCCAGGGUCACAGGAGAAACUUCAGAACACACGAGCGGUUGUGAGGGUGACCCCUCAGAGUUGGGACAAUGGGAAUCGGAUGGUGUGCCUGGCUAUGAAUGAGGCCGUGUCUCAGCCUGUGGAGACUGGCUUUACAAUGAGAGUGUUGUUCCCCCCUCAGCCCCCCCGGAUUGAGGGGUACGAUCGCCCCGAGGUGAAGGCAGGGGAGACCCUAAGUCUAGAGUGCAAGUCCAUCGGGGGAAACCCACUCGCCACGCUGCAGUGGUCAAAGAACGACGAGGUCAUCUCCACUAGCUGGGACACCGUCUCCUUGACCAACACCGCCCGCAGCCCGCUGUCUCUGCACAUCCAACCUGAAGACAACAUGGCCAGACUGACCUGCGAGGCGGUCAACCAAGUCACUCCUGUCCCCCUCCAACACACCAUCACUCUGCGAGUAGUCUUCCUGCCCUCGGAGGUGAAGAUCCUGGGCUCCUCCAGCAUUGCUGAGAAGAAGCAGCUCUCCCUCUCCUGCUUCACGGCCGCCAGUAACCCGCCGGUGCAGAUCCGCUGGUGGCUGGGCUUCAGAGAACUCACCACCACCGAGGUGACCAUCACUGAGGCGUCCAAUGGUGGGAGAGUGACCAUGUCCAACCUGACCCACACGGUGUCCCGAGAGGAGAAUGGGCUGCAGCUGACGUGCGAGGCUUUCAAUGAGGCUAUCCGCUUCACCAAGAGCGAGAGCGUCCUGCUCCGCGUGCUCUACCCCCCUCAGAAGAUUUGGAUCGAAAGCCCUCCGGAGGGGAAGCAGUUCAAGGCAGGGACCGAGGUCAAACUCACCUGCUUCUCCAGUGGAGGGAACCCAACGGGCAGCCUCACCUGGUACAAGGACAACAAGUCCGUCAGGUACGUCCCGUCUGCGAUCGUUUCGGGGAUGAUGGCGUCCCGACAGCUGAUUAUCACAACACAGCCCGAUGAUAACCUGGCGACCUACAGAUGCAACGCAACCAAUGAGGCGAAAGCUCCGCCCCUCACCGCCACCACCAAACUCCACGUGCAGUUCCCGCCGAUGAACGUGAAGAUCUCUGCUUCAGCAAAGCAAGUCAAGAGAGGCCAGUCUCUCACACUGACCUGCACUACAGGAAGCAGCAACCCAGUGGCCAAUAUCUCCUGGUUCAAGAAUGGGGAAAGGCUGCGUGGGUUUGACCUGGGGAAGAAGAAAGCGGAGCAUGGAGGCGAGUCGACGAUGGGCCGGGUCUAUAUCAAAGCCGUCUCCUCUGAUAACGGGAAGCGAGUGACAUGCCAGGCAUACAGCGCUGUGCUGACACAGGGGGUGAACACCUUCUACAGGCUCGACGUGCUCUACCCCCCCGAGUUCUCCCCAGAUCAGCAGCGGGUGGUCCAAGCUGUGGAGCACGACGCAGCCCGCCUGCCGCUGAGGGUAUCGGCCAAUCCAGACAACAUCAGCUACACCUGGACCUAUCAUGGAGAGAACCUGAUAAAAGAGGGCGCGCUGCGCCACCACCUCAAGGACGGAGGGGAGCUGGAGAUUUGGAACCUGACCCGCACAGACGCCGGGGAUUACAAGAUCCUCUGCAAAAACACGGAGGGCGAGAACGAGACCCUCAUCAAACUGGACGUGCAGUACUCUCCCUCAAUAAAGAGCCUGCAGGAUCCCACGGAGGUGGAUCUCGGGGACACUGCGGAGAUCAUUUGCACCGCCGACGCCAAUCCCGUCACCCCGGGCAUGUUCCAGUGGGGCUGGCUGGGCGAGGAGGAGCGGGAGCUGACAGCUGAUCAGCAGGUCGCGGAGGGGGCGACAGGGAAGCUGGUCAUCACAGAGACCAAACGCUCAGACGCUGGACUCUACGAGUGCACAGUGGACAACGGCAUCGCGCCCCCAGCCAAGCAGGCAGUGCGGCUCGUUGUGCGCUUCAAACCGGAGCUGCAGAAAGGCGUGCAUCUGAGUAAAGUGGCCACCUCUGGAGAUGGGAGCAAAACCGCCACCUUGAGCUGCAAAGCAGAGGGCAUCCCCAAAGUGGAAUACAGCUGGGCCAAGAAUGGAGUGGGUCUGGACCUCAAUCACCCAAGGUACUCGGAGGAUACUGUGCACGAGGGUGCUCUCCACACCAGCACUCUGACCAUCAUCAACGCGAGUGCUGCCCUGGACUACGCCAUCUUCACCUGCACCGCUCGCAACAAGCUGGGACUCGACGUCUUCCACAUCCAGCUCGUCAGCACCAGUCGGCCGGACCCACCCACGGGGUUACAGGUUGCCAGCGUGACCCACAACUCCGUCACCUUGCAGUGGACGGCGGGCUUUGACGGGGGUCUGGAGCAAAAAUUCAGGGUCAGGUAUCACUGGGAGGAAGCUGCCAGCUUCAUGUACGUGGAUGUGUUCCCCCCCCAAGCCACCACAUUCACGAUCACCGGCCUCAACGCAGAGACUCCCUACAACUUCUCCGUCAACGCGCUCAACCUGCUUGGGGAGAGCGACUACGCUGACGGCAAUGCAGUGCUGACAGUCACCACUAGAGAGAAACCAGAAAAGGACGACAAGAUCCCAAGCCCGCCUGAGACAGCGGAGACGUCCCCUACAGAGGGCCCUGUGCUGCCACUCUAUCUCAUUGUGGUGUUGGCGGUGGUGGGCGGAGUCCUGCUGAUUCUUAACUCCGCCCUCGUGGCCUGCCUUGUCAAGAAGUGGAGGACUCACCACAGUGACGCAGGUUCAGAAGGGAAGAAAGGAGAAGGAGAAGGGUCCAGUUUGACGAAGCCCAAUGAGUACGGAGGAGGGGAACUCCUCAACAAGGCAGCCAGACAGACUCUGCUCAUCGACAGCUGCUCUGAGCUCAGCUCCAGUGUGUACGAGAGCUAUGAAGGGGACAGUGCCUCAGAGCGCGGUCACUAUUACUACCCAGCGAGCGACUUCCGCCCUUCCCUCUACCCCCACCAGGAGGCACCAGAGUGUCUGAGCGAGGGGACGAGCAGCUUUGCAGGGCAUUGGGAUCAGAGGCGGGAUGCUCAUCAGUAUGAGCAGGUGAGAGAUGCCAGCCUGUAUGAGGAGGUGGGGAGACCGUACCCCCCUCCCCCUUCCUCGGGGUACUACCACAGCGUGCUGGACAGGCAAGGACGAGCGCUGCUGGACCCACGGCAAGGUUCAGACCCCACUCAGGGAGCCUAUCAGAGAAGAGGGCGGGGCCAAUCGGAAUACGAGGAUCCAAUGAGAGUCUACGACAGCGUGGCUGAGUACACACCCUCCUGGAGAGACUAUGAGACGCCCUCUGAGAUGAGAGGAGAGCUGGUGUGAGGGCCUUUGAAUUGGAGAGCAGGGGCUGGUUAGCCUGUGGAAAUGACACGAUGCAAGAAUUCCAGUGAGGGAGCAGCUUUACUCCACUGGCUUGAGAACAUGCAGAGAGAAAUGGAAAGUCUGCUUUUAUGUAUUUUUAUUUUGUGCUGUUGAACUUAAACGCACACACGCUUAAAAUCUGUUUCAAUGCACUUUUGUGAAAAGGAGUCAGUGUUUCAGCAUGCUUAAAACAUUAGCUGUUAGUGGGGAGUAGAACAUGAUUGAUCAUUCCUGUAAUAGCAAGGUGUGCUAUGUAAAAAAUGACAAUCAAAGAAAAUGCAUUUUGAAGUGAAUGUGAGUUUUGCUUUUAAGCUUGAAAACAUUUAUUGUUCACUUUUCUAUUAACUGAUCGAUGCUGUUUCCUUCUUUUUCUAAAAUCCAAAAGUGCAUUUUUCUUAAGUUUUCUGUGUAUUUAUUUUCGACAAUCAAAAAAAAAAAGAUUUGGAAUAAUGCCAUGUAUACUCGUACAUUCUGAUCUUAACAGGGUAGAUUUUCCAAAAAUAAAAGUUUAAAAAAAAAAUGACUGGUGUUUUAUAGAAGACACGCGCGCUGGCGGGCUGAAUGGACUCCUCUCAUUCACAGAUCACCGCAUGUUCUCGUACCACAGCAGCUGCCCUUGAUGCAGUACAGACCAUUGGUUGUUGAAGUUGGGGAUUUCCGCAGCAGCUUGCAUGCGGUUAACACAGUUUUAUCACUUCCUCUGUUUGUUUUUUUGGUACCUGUGUUUUCAAACGCAUCUGCACGCACACUCAUCUUACAGAAAACCCCACUGGCUUUGCAUGAUAAUCCCAGAGUGUUAAUAUAUGUCUUGCAGUCAGACUAUCUCAGGGUGGUCAACAGAAAUGGGUCAGUCUUGCACAAAACAGUUCUGAAGUAGACUGUUUGAUGUCUUCACUCCCAAAAUAAUGAUGGAAACCUUGUCUCUGUGGGUGCCAAGAAAGUAAAUAAUUGUUCCAGUAACUUCCUCCGCCUGGCAGAGAGAGAGAGCGAGAGAGAGAGAGAGCGAGAGAGAGAGCGAGAGAGAGAGAGAUGUAGGAUGAGUAACAGCCUAGUCAGGAAGUUACUCACAAGGAGGGGGCUGACAGUUAGUUCACAGCACUGGAGGUUGGAGACAGAGCUCCGCAGAGUCAAGGUAGACGCACGGAUGGCUUUCUUAAGGACGCACAGGAAGUUGCAUGUGGUUUUGUUCCUGAUCCCAGUCGUGCUGCUGGUCUCAUUUGGCGAAUCCACGACGGUCCCAGAAUCCACCACGGUCCCAGAAUCCACCACGGUCCCAGAAUCCACCACCG